AACAUGCCCUAGGUCUUGGGUCUCAUUUAGCCCCUCCCCUGCCAUUGGUCACGGAACGGGACACUCCACUCAUUCCAAAGGCAACCUGGUUUGUUUGUAUUUGCGGCAGUCAUGGAGGAUAUAAGGGUAUUUCCUUUGUCAUGUGUGGUACAAAAUUACGCCUGGGGAAAGGUUGGACUGGAAAGUGAAGUGGCCAAACUGGUGAUUGGAGAUGAUCCCCAAGCAGUUAUUGGACAUGAUCAACACUAUGCUGAGCUCUGGAUGGGUGCGCACCCAAAAGGGGAUGCUUCCAUUAAAGACAACAGGAUACCACAGAGGACACUUGGACAGUGGAUUGCAGAAAAUCCAGCAUGCCUGGGGUUGAAAGUCAAAGACACAUUUCAUGGACAGCUGCCAUUUCUUUUUAAAGUCCUGUCUGUGAAUACCGCAUUAUCAAUUCAGGCUCACCCUAACAGAGAGUUGGCUGUUCAGCUCCAUACCCAGUUUCCAGAGCACUAUCCCGACAGCAACCACAAGCCUGAGAUGGCAAUAGCAAUAACACAUUUUGAGGGUCUGUGCGGCUUUAGGCCAGUGGAAGAAAUCUCAGCCUUUCUGAAAACUGUUCCAGAGUUUCAUACACUAGUUGGAAAUGAAGCCUCAGAGGAACUACAGAACAAUGUCAACAACUCGCACCGUGCUGCCAAGGCUUUGAAGAUGUGCUUCACCAGAAUGAUGAACUGUGAGAAGAAAGUAUUUGUUGAUCAGCUCAACAUGUUGGUAAAAAGAAUCACUGAUGAUGAAGAGGCAGGUAAAGAUACCUUGGGAAGUUACGGGAAGCUUUUACUGCGACUAAAUUCUCAGUACCCAGGGGAUAUAGGAUGCUUCUCCAUCUUCUUUCUCAACCACAUGAUUCUGGAGCCGGGUCAAGCCAUGUUCCUGGGGGCCAGUGAGCCACAUGCCUACUUGAGUGGAGACUGCAUUGAGUGCAUGGCCUGUUCAGAUAAUACUGUGCGUGCUGGAUUAACCCCGAAAUAUAUUGAUGUCAACACACUGUGUGAGAUGCUGAACUACACCCCGAGCCCAGCCAGCUCUAAGGUGUUCCCCUGCACGCAAGACUGCUCAGAUCCCUUCGUCUACCUCUACGACCCUGCUGUUCCUGACUUCUCUGUUAUGAGGAUUGAGAUCCCAACCACUGUGAAGGACUACACCGUUAACCCCGUGGACAGUGCUAGCAUCCUGCUGGUGGUCAGUGGUGAAGCCACCGCUACUGCUCCACCUUCCCAGACUGAUCUGAUCUUGAGGAAAGGCUCUGUGAUCUUCAUCUCAGCCAAUGAGAGUGUCCUUCUGCGUGUGACUUCGACAUGUGGAAUAACAAUGUACCGUGCAUGCUGCCUUUUAUAGCAAACCCUUAGUACAACAUUUGUAACAUUUAGAACUAUAAAUACAUUAACACAAUGUACUGUGCUCUUCUGAGUUAAAAUGUCUAUUGCCGUGUUAAUGUUCUGGGCUGAUAUUUGAUUAUAUAAUUGGUGUCGGUGAAAAGUAUAACUUUCCUCCGUUGUUUUGCACUACAGUAUAUUGAAUCUUCAAUGAAAUUGCUUUCAUGAACAGAUUUUUUUUAGCAUUGCCUUGUAAUAUGAUUAAAUCUGAAACAUAUAGCAUCUGAGCAUGUGCACGGAAAUGGAACAGAUUUCAGCCUUGUGUACAUUUAUACAUGAUCCAGAAUACACUGAUUUCUGUAACUCAACACAUUCUAUUUGACAUGUGAAACUGAAGAUAGUAUCAUUUCUUUCUUUCUUUGUUGGUAAUUUGAGGCUGAUGAACUGGAGAGCACAUGAAGCACAAGAGUUCUCCAAUCUAAAGAUGUCAUAAAACAAUUAGGAUGUACAUAAGACAUAAGACCCUAUUCCCAGGUCCAAAUUUCUUUUCUCUUUUCUUUCGUUUGAAGUACUUGGUUUAGUUGUCUGACUAUUCCUUCAUGUGUGUGGGUAAAACAUAGAAAUAAAAUGUAUUUUUAAAAUGUA